AUGGCGACGGACAAGCGGCCGCCUCUGUGUCGCGUGGGCGCUGCGCGCGGGAUGGCCGGCCCGCACUGGCCGCCGUGGGCCCUCUGCGCCACGCUGCUGGCGACGCUGGCGCCGGCCGCCGCCCGCGCCAGCUACAUAGUGAAGGAGUUCAGUGACAGCUUCGUGACGGACAAGCUGAACCACAUGGUGGUAGACGAGCACACCGGCCGCGUGUACGUGGGCGCCAUUAACCGACUGUACCAGCUGAGCCGCGACCUGGACCUGGUCAUCUCGGUGGAGACGGGGCCCGAGGACGACGACCCCGAGUGCUCGCCGGCCAACGAGUGCCCGGCGUACGUGGUGAAGCGGCCGACGGACAACGUCAACAAGGCGCUGGUGAUCGACAAGACGCACGGCACGCUGAUCGUGUGCGGCUCGCUCUUCCAGGGACGCUGCCAGGUGCGCAACCUGCACAAUGUGAGCGUGGUGGAGCGCCAGGCCGAGGAGGCGGUGGUGGCGAACAACGAGACGGCUUCGACGGUGGCAUUUAUCGCGCCCGGACCGCCCAACCCGCCCGAGACGCACGUGCUGUACGUGGGCGUCACGUUCACGGGCGGCGCGCGCGCGCCCUACCGCAACGAGGUGCCGGCCGUGUCAAGCCGCUCACUCGACCGCGACCGCAUGUUCACCAUCUCGGAGCUGGCCGUCACCACCGGCACGCGCAUGUCGAUCAACUCACUGGCGCGCGAGCGCUACUACAUCAGCUACGUGUACGGCUUCGGCUCCAACGGCUUCAGCUACUUCCUGACGACGCAGAUGCGGCGCAGCACUGAGACCAGCCCGUACAUCUCGAAGCUGGUGCGCGUGUGCCAGGACGACCCGCACUACUACUCAUACACCGAGAUCCCGAUCGACUGCAUCGACGACAAGGGCAUCAAGUACAACCUGGCGCAGGCGGCGCACGUGGCCACGGCCGGCUCGGACGUGGCCACUAAGCUGGGCAUCACGGCGCAGGACGACGUGUUUCGGCGCUGUGCGUGUACUCGCUCAAGGACAUCCGGCACAAGUUUACGCGCAACAUCAUGGAGUGCUACCGCGGCAACGUGGAUCGCGGUCUCGAGUUCAUCUCGCCCGGCAAGAAGUGCGUCUCGACGGUGUCGCGUGGGCGCUGCGCGCGGGAUGGCCGGCCCGCACUGGCCGCCGUGGGCCCUCUGCGCCACGCUGCUGGCGACGCUGGCGCCGGCCGCCGCCCGCGCCAGCUACAUAGUGAAGGAGUUCAGUGACAGCUUCGUGACGGACAAGCUGAACCACAUGGUGGUAGACGAGCACACCGGCCGCGUGUACGUGGGCGCCAUUAACCGACUGUACCAGCUGAGCCGCGACCUGGACCUGGUCAUCUCGGUGGAGACGGGGCCCGAGGACGACGACCCCGAGUGCUCGCCGGCCAACGAGUGCCCGGCGUACGUGGUGAAGCGGCCGACGGACAACGUCAACAAGGCGCUGGUGAUCGACAAGACGCACGGCACGCUGAUCGUGUGCGGCUCGCUCUUCCAGGGACGCUGCCAGGUGCGCAACCUGCACAAUGUGAGCGUGGUGGAGCGCCAGGCCGAGGAGGCGGUGGUGGCGAACAACGAGACGGCUUCGACGGUGGCAUUUAUCGCGCCCGGACCGCCCAACCCGCCCGAGACGCACGUGCUGUACGUGGGCGUCACGUUCACGGGCGGCGCGCGCGCGCCCUACCGCAACGAGGUGCCGGCCGUGUCAAGCCGCUCACUCGACCGCGACCGCAUGUUCACCAUCUCGGAGCUGGCCGUCACCACCGGCACGCGCAUGUCGAUCAACUCACUGGCGCGCGAGCGCUACUACAUCAGCUACGUGUACGGCUUCGGCUCCAACGGCUUCAGCUACUUCCUGACGACGCAGGCGCGGCGCAGCACUGAGACCAGCCCGUACAUCUCGAAGCUGGUGCGCGUGUGCCAGGACGACCCGCACUACUACUCAUACACCGAGAUCCCGAUCGACUGCAUCGACGACAAGGGCAUCAAGUACAACCUGGCGCAGGCGGCGCACGUGGCCACGGCCGGCUCGGACGUGGCCACUAAGCUGGGCAUCACGGCGCAGGACGACGUGUUGUACGCCGUGUUCUCCGUCAGCGAGCGCAGCGAGGGCGAGAACUCGGACAAGCCCACCAACAAGUCGGCGCUGUGCGUGUACUCGCUCAAGGACAUCCGGCACAAGUUUACGCGCAACAUCAUGGAGGAGUGCUACCGCGGCAACGUGGAUCGCGGUCUCGAGUUCAUCUCGCCCGGCAAGAAGUGCGUCUCGACGAAAUUCGAGCUGCUGGAGACGGUGGGUGAGGACUUCUGCGGCAUGGACGUCAACACGCCGAUCGGCGGCUCCAUGGCCGUGACGGCCGUGGCCGUCCUCACCGUGGACACGCUGCUGACGUCCGUGGCGGCCACCUCCACCGGCGACUUUACCGUCGUGUUCGCCGGCACCGCCACUGGCCACAUCAAGAAGGUGGUGGUGGAGCCGCUUUCGGAGCGCAAGAUCAAGGCCAACGAGUACGGUGACUUGGCCGUGCAGCACGGCAGCCGCGUGCAGGCCGACCUGCGAUUCGACAAGCGCAAGCAGCACCUCUACGUGAUGACCGAGAAAAAGGUGUCCAAGGUGAAGGUGCAGGAGUGCCACCUGUACGCCUCGUGCGGCGAAUGCCUGGGCGCCAGGGACCCCUACUGCGGCUGGUGCUCGCUGGAGAACAAGUGAGUUGUACGACGGUGGUCGUGCGUGCCGGCGCGUCUUGUGUGACCCGAACGCGUCGACGCCGGCGUCGUGUUCUUCUUUGUGCUAGUGAACGUAAUUAUCUUUUUUUUCUUUCCGAGUUUUGUCCACGGCGGUGCCGCAUUGUGAGAAGUUGCUUGUUUUGUCUGCAGAUUAAUUCCAGGCCAUUGUCCAUUUACUGUCAUUGUGUUUCUCUGCGGCCAUUGUGGCAAUGACCCAGCUGUCUCUGUACCAUUGUGCCGUUUCUUGCCAGUUGCAUGUAUACAGAGGCGCAUCGUUCGCAUAUUUGUCAUUUCCCUUCUCACAGAGCUCACGUUGUCCAUAUAUCGACACUGGGUUGGGAUUUAGCGCAUGCUGCAUGAUUCUGUUAAAUGAUAUGAGAUUCUGACAGUCCUUGCUACCACAGCGUUCAUAGGAAGCUCACACCGGUCAUCUAUACUCUUGCAUCUGAACAUCGUGUGUCGUGGCCUGGAACACCGUCCCACCUCGACCCGUUCAGACACAUCCGUUGCGAUGCUGUUCUGCUCCGCGAGGCGGGCGCGCCGUCUGGCCGCAGAACUUGUGUUUUACAAACUUCGCCAGCCGGUCGGAAGUUGGCAGCGGUUCGUCUCCGCCACGCUCGUUACCUGGAAACGAGAAUGCGCGGUCGUGCGUGGCGGCAGGCUCGCCCAGAGUUCUCUGCAUGGAUUUUUAGUUUGGGCACUGCGAUUUUCGGAACUGUCAGCCAAUAUCAGUUUUGUAUCGCCUGCUGCUCUGACGUCUACUUAUCAGGGCAUCUUUCAAGUGGUCGUUCUUAAGUCGCCAUCCUUGUAGAAGACGCUGCUGACUGACGCUUUUUACAUCGCAAAGCUCUCCGAAUGCAUCCAUCCAAAGUGGCCGUCUUCUACGUCAAGUGUUCCGAAUAGGCCCCCACGCGCGUUUGUUUCGCAGGGUGCGGUAUAAACAAGGCCACGGCGCAUCUCAUACGAAAAUGACGUAUCGGCCAUCCGGUCGGCCGCGUCGAAGCUUCACCUAUCAUUUGGAGCGGAGAGCCUGGCGGCCGGAAGCGGCGCCAUUUCCCGACGCGUUAGCGGUUCGCCGCCGCCGCCGCCGCCGCCGAGUCCACCGGCGGUGUACCGGCGACCUCCUGGCGGCCAC